AGUUGCACCACAAAGUUUCAAAGCUCGGCUACACACAUACGGUAGCUUAACGAAGGUCCAACUUUGUCAAAGGGAACGUCUAUUGUACUGAAAUAGGGUCGUUCCUCUCCCAUUCUUUACUAUUCCGCACAAACCCCCACGCAUUCAUCCCCCACGAUCUUCCUCGACGAUUCUACCCCUCCACCAGCAACUACCGACAAGAUGGCCUCCGAACCGCCUGCGAAGAAGAAGUGUCUGGGCUCGGACUGCGACAACGAUGCCGGAACUCUGCAGUGCCCAACCUGCCUGAAGCUCGGGGUUAAGGACAGCUAUUUCUGCUCCCAGGAGUGUUUCAAGAGGAACUGGGGCAUCCACAAGACGAUGCACAAGUCGCAAAGUAGUAUUCUCCACCACCUUCUUCCUCCGAAAGCAAUCUCACCAGAUCCAGCUACCGGCGCCUACAACCCGUUCCCCAACUUCCCCUACAGCGGAACCCUGCGACCGGUCUAUCCUCUCUCCCCGCACCGAACGCUCCCCAAGUCGAUCCCUCACCCUGUCUGGUGGCAGGACGGUAACCCCAAAUACAACCGCUCACUCACCAGUCGCAACAAGAUUGAGAUUCUCGACAAGGCGGGCCAAGACGCCAUGCGCAAGAGCUGCCGACUUGCGCGAGAGGUGCUCGACCUUGCGGCGGCUGCGGCCGUGCCGGGCGUUACGACCGACUACAUUGAUGAGAUUGUUCACAAGGCUUGUAUCGAGCGAAACUCUUACCCAUCGCCCCUGAACUACAACCACUUCCCCAAGUCAUGCUGCACAUCUGUUAACGAAGUCAUCUGCCACGGUAUCCCGGAUCAGCGUGUCCUUGUCGACGGCGACAUCUUGAAUAUCGAUGUGUCUCUCUACCACGAGGGAUACCACGCGGAUCUGAACGAGACCUACUACAUCGGCGACAAAGCCAAGGCCGACCUCGAUACCGUCCGUGUUGUUGAGACGGCCCGAGAGUGCUUGGAGGAGUCUAUCAAGGCCGUGAAGCCUGGAGUUUUGAUUCGAGAGUUUGGAAACAUCAUCGAGAGGCACUCCAAGAAGCAAAACUGCAGCGUCAUCCGAACUUACUGUGGUCAUGGCGUCGGAAAGCUCUUCCACUGCCCUCCCAAUGUCCCCCACUACGCCAAAAACAAGACUGUCGGUGAAUGCAAGCCCGGCAUGACAUUUACCAUUGAGCCCAUGAUUGCGCUGGGCAAGUACCGAGACAUUACCUGGCCCGACAACUGGACGAGCACGACCAUUGACGGCAAGCUGACAGCCCAGUUUGAGCAUACUCUGCUCGUUACCGAAGAUGGCGUCGAAGUCUUGACGGCGAGACAUGAGAACUCUCCCGGAGGCCCAAUUGCCAGGCCCGGCACCGAGGGCGAGGCCUCCUAAGUCGACCUGAAUGAGAGACUGUACUAAAAUUUCACAAAUUUCACAACGCAUCUAUGCAGCUCUGGGGGAGUUUGGGGUUAGCGAGGAGCAUGAGUGAUAAUUGUAUCGUAUCAUGAGAGGCAUGUAGUGGAGUUGGGAUGCUGGUGAUUGGCGGUAGAACAAAGUACACCGAGAGGAAUGUAGACAUGUAAUAUUCAGCUCCCGUAAUCAGCUCUAGAAGGCUUCUAGAUUGCGAGAAUGGAUCAAAUUCGACGUGAUAUCAAAAAACAAAAAAGCAGAUUCGAGAUGGUAUCCGCGGAUGGAGG